UUAGGCCUUCUUGCGGCGUUAGCCUGAUGUUAAACUUGUGCUCCUACGUCUGUCUUCAGCAUGCUGCAGACGUGAGACUCAGUGUGGACCUGCUGGAGGGGAUGGGGGGUUUUGGCUGCUGGCCCAGGCUGGGCGCUGUGGCAGACUGGGAGACAGUUUAAGACAGUGAGCUAGCUGGAGGGUCAGCGAAAUGAUGCCAUGAAAAAAUGCCCUGUGCUGACACUGGCAUGUCGUUUGGCUCAGAGGCAAAGUCGAUUGAGAUAGGGAGGCUGUUAACCUGGAACGCGGCCCCUGACAGGUGUCACUGGGCUGUAUGAUGCACCCGCCAGGUGGGGCAGGCUCAGUCACAAGGGCUAGGAGUGUAAUGUCAAAGGAGAGCUGGGUUUUCCACAUGAUGCUCUGGCGAGUGGUGGGGCAGGAGGUGCUGGACUCUGGAGAUAGUGAGGCUCAUGAGGACAGCUGACCACAGACAACUGAGAGCUCAGACCUGUGCUUCACUGGCCCAGUUCCUUGGUGUUUUAAACACACGACCUGGGGAAGGGCCAUGGCCAGCCAUGGAGAGUUACUGAAAUUGACAAGAUCUUGAGAUGCUCUGAAUUGCCCUCUUGGGAAAGUAUAAACCUGAAUCCCGCUGGCCUUGGAGCAUUAUGGCUCACAGGGAGCUGCAGCCAGGUCAGCACGGAGCAGUUUGUAUCAUGGGUGCAGGCUGGAGUCUAUGUUCACACCUGGGUCCCAUGGCAGUGAGAUGCGGCUCUUACUCUGUCUUCCCUCCCCGCCCCCAGGGUUCUGCUGGUGUGAGCGCCUCCCAGGCUGAAGAUGGCAGGUGGGGAAUGCCGGAUCGCUCCAGGCCGAGAACUGAGCUCUACUCCUGCCAUGUUUACGGUCAUCACCCCCUCUGUUCUGGAGACUUCCCCUAUUUCCAGCACAUCUAUGGUCUCCAACCACUCUGCGAAUGGGACAGAAGACACACCUCUCACCUGCCAGAGUUUUCAGUGCUCUGGAGAGAGAUGCUACCAGGACAAAGCUUAUGCCAAUGACACCGUGACCUGCCACAAUGAGUCUCACUGUGAGCUCUAUCGUCUCACCCACACAAACUACACAGCCAAGUGCAGCAGUGAGUGUGGGAGAGGGAACAGCACUGAGAUGUGUGUGACCAACAGCAGCGUGAGCAUGAGCAAGUGCAUCCUGGAGUGCUGCAGCUCGCCCCUGUGCCUGCAACUCAAUGCCACCGCCUACGGUGACUUGCCACCCACCACCACUCCAGCUCCCACAACUACCACCAUGAAGCCCCCUCCCAAAAAUGGGAAAGUGUGCACAACCUUCUCCUGUAAUGGAGAUGGAUGCUUCAAAGGCAAGAAGUCUGCUGCUGAAUGCAUCGUUGGAUUCAACUUCUGUGAGAUGAAGAAGACUGGCUCAAAUUACGUGGCUGGAUGUAGCAAAGUCUGCAAGACCGCCAGCCCAGCCUGUGCCAGAGGAGCAGCUGCCCCCUGUUACCAGGAAUGCUGCCAAGCUACCCCUAAAACUAGCUGCCUGAAACUGGAUGGCAAGGUGCAUGUCAGUGGCGCUGGGCAGGUGGCUCUGGCCCCAAUCCUGAAACUCCUGGCCUGUGGUGUGGGUCUUGUCAUACAUUACAGCCUCUCCACUUUCCUUCAGAGUUAAGCAAUGACCCUCUGAGCUCCGCAGACUGACUAGGGCAAGAUUCAGGGGCACACACAAUAUUGGCUAAAACUGGCAUAAGAUCUAGGGUUUCUGUACCUCUUAAUUCGGAUAAGAUUGGCUAGAAAAUUCCAGCUAUUGAAUCAGCGUCACAGGAAGGGAGCUCACUGGAACCCGCAGGCCUUCUCCUCUCUGUGCAGGCCUGGCUAGUGCCCAGGAAGUUAGUGGGUAGCACCAUGGGUGUUUGUGAAAUACAGAUCCCAGUGCAUGCAGCUGACUGAACAGGUCGGGUACAUCUACGCUGCAGUAAAACACCACUGCUGGCCUGUGACGGCUGACUCCAGGACCCUGCGAGGUGGGAGGGUCCUAGAGCCUGGGCUUCUGCCUAAGCCCAGUCUCUACACUGUGAAUUUUACAGUCCCGCACCCUGAGCCCCAUGAGCCUGAGUCAGCUGCUGCGGGCCAGCCACAGGUGUCCUACUGCAGUGUAGACAGACCCUUAGUCUUUCCCAUGCGGAUUCUCCAAUUUGAUACAGAGGAGGGUGAAAAGUACUGGCCAUGGGGAUGGAUGUGGGGCUCCCGGACCUGUGGAGAGGGUCGGCAUUGUGCCACAUGCUUCCUUCUAGCCACAGGAGUGAUGUCAGCUGCUCAUCAGACUGAUUCCUGGCUAUGCUGCCUCCGCAGAACAGAUUAGGAGCUGGCUAGGGGCUGUGGGGCAGCCCUCAGUGAACCCCCCCCCCUUCUGAGCGCUAGUGCCAGCACCUCUUCCUGACUCAUGGGGGUGAAGAGGGCAAACUCUAGCCACUCUGGGAAUUACUCUUCCACCAUUCACACCUUGUUUGCAUGUAAAGCAGCUGUCUGU